CAACGGCUGAGCAUGCUCAGAGGGAGCAUCAUCCUUGUUAGCGAAAGAUGGACGCGCCCUCGAACGCCAAUUCGCUGGCCUUGGCAAAGAAAACAGGGGCAUUAAUCUUCUUUGUCGGUUGCGCUAUAGGAUUAUGUAUCGCAGAGAUACUGGUAGCCGUCGCUAACCAGAAAGCCCAACAGGAAGCACGCAAGGCUUCUCUGGACUACAUAGCGCAGGUCCGCAAUGGCAGCUCCAAUGUAUCCUCCUACAAUACCACCACCACCACCCCGAUGCCGGAUAAGCACGUCGCUGUGCUGCACACAGGAUCCGGUAAUCAGAUCCUGGCGGCGCAGAUCAGUGAGCCCAACAUGACGAAGAUCCAUACGAAAGUGAUCACGCAUCGGCACCGUAAGGUCAAGCAUCGGAAAAAGGAUGAAGAUGACGACGAUGACGAUAUCGACGAUUUUAUUGGGAAUCCCUUCCGGAUUAUUACCAGCGAUGAGCAUGAGAAGAAAGGUGUGCUGGUGCAUCCAUGCAAAGGAAAACACUGCAAACCAAAGCCACCUUCCAGACGGCUGAAAAGGGCAGCACAAAAAAAGCAUGUCGAGGAUGAAGAAGAUACAGAAUUCGAAGAAAGGGUAUCCCCUCGUCAUCGUCACAAGCACGUGAUAACGGAGAAGAUACACAAAGCGUUGGCCGAUGUGAAAAACGAUCAUGAGCACCAUGUAAAAGGGCACAAGCACAAACCAAAGCUGCCGAAAGAGCACGAAUCCGCACCGACAAAAGUUGUGGAGGAGACCGAAAUCCACCAUGAUCACGGAAAAAUCGUACACAAGAAACACGAUGAAAAAGGUCACCAUCAAAAACCCAAAGUUCAGAAGUUCCACCAUGAAAAAGAACAUCAUAAGGGUAGUGUCCACCCGGUGAUAACUGCACACCCGAUUAAAUUCAGCAGUUCAGAGAAACCAUCGGUCAAACCAACAACGACGACAACUGCGACAACGACUACACAUACUACAACAGGGAAAACCAAGAAAUUCAUCGCUCUUCCGGGUGUGCGUAAGGACUUCCAGAUUGACAAGAUGGACGUUCCACCACCAAAGAAGCGCAGGAUGAAUGCAGCGCAUGAAAGCCGUGCAUGUCGUAAGAUCAUGAAGGAUUUGGAUGCAUACGAACGUGAUGAAAAAUAUAAAUCAGAGGAGCUCAUGAUUGUAUCAUUCCGGGAUGGUGUGGAUGAAGUGCAGAAUCUGCUGCACACCUGGGUGAGGACGCCGGUGCAUGUUAUGGAGGGAUUAGUAUUUGUGGCGCUUAGUGCGUGUCUAUUGCUGUACUGGGUGGAUGAUUCACUGCAGAGCAGAUUACGACGCAUUGGGCUUAAUAUCUGAACGUGUCUGUUUGGUUGUUAGGCAACCGGAAGCACCUCCAGUUGUGCUUAUUACAACUGCUGCAGAAUUAGGUACUUACUGGUAACAAAACUGGAAAUUUUGUGCCAUAAAGAGAGCACCGGUGGCAGUGAGUGCGUGCAAGACUCUCAUGGUUUCCA